AUUAGAUAUAGGACUCCAAUCACAGGACAUGGACAUUUUGGACAUGAAAUAAGGAAAUGUAAAUGCUCCCAUUGGAAAUGGGUUACAGUCAAGGCAUUUAACCUAAAGAGAUUUUGUGUCCAAGUGGAAAAAAGUCCUCAAGAAAUGCUUGAUGGGAAAGUUUUGAAAUUCGCCUGGACACGAUUCAACAGAAAACACUUCUUUAGCCAUAAUUCAGUGAUCAUGUAAGCCUAGAUUGUUGUGCAUGCUAGAUUUGACCAUGUUGUAUUAUUCCUUGAGCAUACAAUUAUAUCUGGUCCCAUUCUAUCUUGACUGACAGUACACUGCACUGGUUGAGACAGGAAGCAGGCUGGCUUGCUUACUCAAAAGUAACUGUAUUGCAAACACAAAUCUCGGAAUGUAACCUUUUCAAAUAUGAAAUAAUUAUUAUCACUAGAGUGGAUAGCAGCCACUUUGAAUUCCCCAGAUUUCCGGAUUUCAAGGGGUAUAUGAUACAAGUAAAAUAGCUUUUGUUGAAAAUGUGUUGUCAAAUUGACAGCUAUACAAUGCGGUUACAGCCUGAAGUAGAUAGUUCAGGACCCUGGACAGCUACACAAUGCAGUUACAGCUUGAGACAGACAAUUCAGGACCAUGGUCAGCUACACAAGGCAGUUACAGCUUGAGACAGACAAUUCAGGACCAUGGACAGCUACCACAUGCAGGUGAAGCUUGAAGUAGACAUUUCAGGACAACGGAAAGCCACGGUGUGCAUGUACAGCUGAAGGGAGAUAUUCCAGGACCAUGGACAGCUACAACAUGCAGGUGAAGGUCAGGAAGUGGCCUCAGCUUGUAGAAAUAAUUAUUAUCACUUCGGUAGAUUUCACUUUGGAAGUCCCGGAUUUAAGGAUUCUCCUUUCAGGGAACCAUACAAGUAAAAUAGCUCUUGUUUUAAUGUGCGUGAUAUCUAGUUAUAUUAUUACUGGACUACUGCUUCAACUGUAGAGAAAAGUCUAUCCAUUAGGACGACACGAAUGUGGUGAAGUUUACACGCUAUUAUAUUAAGAGAAGAUACUGAAAAUGUUCCAACAGACAAAGCGGUUUGAACUGUUCACAUCCAUAUUGAGUGAACAGUGAAGGUGAAUGUUGGUAAAAGGUGACUGCUUGAAUUAAUUUCAGGACCAGGGACAGCGAUGGUGUGCACGCGCAGCUGAAACGGGAUGUUUUAUAACGAUGGACAGCUAAGGCAUGUAGGUGAAAGUCAGUACGUGGCUGCAGCUUGUAGACAGUUCAGGACCAAGGACAGCUACACGAUGCAGUUACAGCUUGAAGUAGACAUGUGCAAUCACUGACUGGCAACAUCUUUCCCAGCUAUUUUAAUUCCAUCUGUGCUAUAACUUUAACAUAUAACAGUGUAACCCCUGGAUGUAUAACAGAUCUUGGCCAUCUCAAGAUAUGUUUUCACUGUUUGUUUGAGGAUAUUUUGUGUAAGCAUCCGAAUAAAGUAUGUAUCCUUGCUUCAUGCACCUGUUUAUCCCCAUUUAUGGGUCAAUCAAUAUCACCAUGGAUGGCAUUGUCUUGCUCAGGUUAUUGUAGAGGCAGUGUUAACAAUUGGGAUUUGGUGUCAACUUCAUUAGUUAUAUUGCCGAUAGUCAUCAUCAACGGCAAUCAGAUAAUUGGUCCCACCCUUUCCUCACAGCACUGCCUGUAGAGGGGAGGCUCUCUGUCAAUCUAAUUGGUUGAACAAUGUAGAGUUGUAAUCACCAGGACGAGCAGUUCAUCGGUGAUGAAUAGUGUUGUUGUUUUUUGAGCAGCAGAGGGACUGAAAACUGACUAGAUUAAAUGGUGCAUUUAAUUAAGAAGCUUGGGAUCAGAAAGUCAGAGAUCAGUCUUGGUCCAUGCCAACAGUAGCUACAUUUAGCCUAGCUUGUUAGCGCGUGCCAUCUGUUCACACACAGAUUAACGCUACACAGCAGGCGCUAGCUACGGGUACAUUUUCUGCUUCAGUACUGUAUGGGCUGCUUUUCAGUAGAUCAUAUUUCCACAGAAAGUGCUUGAAUAGCUUUUCUUUCUUUUUUUUUAACUUUUUUUUUUUAAAUCUCAUGAUCCAAAUUGGCGGGGCUACAUUGCUGGUGUGUGGGGGUUCUUUAGUCAAUUAUCUUGGAACUCAAUUAAAACCACAAGCAGGGUGUUUCUCUCUGUGAUGUGCAAACCUGUUAUUUCACCAUGUGCGUUGCCUCUACCCUCCAUGUAAGAGAUACUGUGUGUCUCAUUAAACUAACCAUAUGUCAGCAGCAGAGGAUACUGUGUGUUAAAAUGGAAAUACAUCCUGAAACAAAAUUCUUGUAAAUCACAUGUUUGUGCUACGAAACAGGAAGCUGCAAAAGCAGACUUUUUAUUUUACUUCUAUUUUCUGUGGAUUUUAAAACCAUGACAGGUCAGGGUAUUUAAUUAGUUGUUUAUCAGAUGUUUAGCUUUUUAUCAAUGCACAUACUUCUUUCUUUUCCUCUCUCCUCGGUGCUGUGGUGGUAGUCCUACUCAAAUGAUAACUUUUUGCAUUCCCUUUCAUUCUCUAACUGAUGAACACGUCUUCUGUUAGUACUCUGAUGUCCUUCUCUGCAAUGUUCAAGGUAAAGAAAAGCUGUGACACGGUCCAUGUUUACCGUUAAGAUCACGUUUUUGUUGUUUUUAUUUGGAAAUGAUGAUUCACUAACAUGUAACAUUAGUACUGUGACUUAUGUUACUUAACUAAAUUCAAAUUUAAAUCGAUAUAUGAGUUAGGUAUUGGGCACUGCUGUCUUGUUUUGACUUUACUUAAAGUUACACGUCAUCAUUAACACCGUUUUAAUGUCACUUCUACGGUCGGCAGCCUACUCUGGCUAGUUGAGGCUUAGCCAUCUGCUUUACAAGUAGGGCUCACUUCCAAAUCACUGCAUCUCAUUUAGCUAGUUUUUACACCACAUACUAUAAAAAGCAGCCAGCUAAUCCUAGCUUUUGGCAGCAUUUUUUAUUAUUUUGUAUUAUUUCUUAUUCUUUUUAUUUGGCACUAACCUGAGCUCAGCAAGCUGCUGCUCACCAACAAACACUCCAAAAUAUGAUGGCUUGAUAUGUUUGGCUGAAGGAUAUUGACAUGGCAGUUGCCAGUGAUUCCAGGGACUAGAGAGGAUACUCUUAUAAUAUUGAGCCCAGUUGAUUAUGUCUUAAUAAAAAAAAAACAGCAAUAUCUGAGUAGACUGAAUGGAGGUGAAAUCCAGCUGUUUGUUUGAGGAUGAAAUUAGAUCAGAAAUAACUGCUGCAACAUAUCUUCAAAUGAGCGAAUACAAUAUCAGAGUAAGAGACUGUGGAUAGGUCCAGAGAUGAAGUACUUUCAUGCAGGCAUUGGGUUCCAAAUACCAGCACUUGAAACAACUUCAAUGUAAUGAUCCUGGUGGCAACGGUUUCCUUGGAAAUCCUGUUUUUUUGUUGUGCUUUUACUGUUAAGCCUUGGAAAUGAGUCCUCACGCAAACAUGCCUCAGAAGGAAUUCUACUUAGGAACUGUUACUACUCAUAUCACACAGGAGCAUACUGUAUCACAUAUUACAGGCGGUGCUAAGGGGCUUCCUAGGCCUGUUCAGUAAUCCAUCCAUGUUUAAUCCCCUGGUCCCUGAUGACCAGAUAGCAGCAGAUAUUGUAAUUUGCUUCAUGUGGUAUACAGUGAAUGGAGAGCUUGAGCUUUGACCUGUUUUUUGAUUAUACUAUAUCGGCCCUUUAAAUCCAUUUAAGAUGCUGAGUAUCGUUUGAAAUUAGGUUGCUAUAUAGAUGAAGACAUUUUCUAUUCGAAAAUUAAGAAUUAAAAGGUACCCUAUGGCAUUUAUUUUAAUAAACAAACAAAAUCACUGAAUUAAAAAAUGAUAUUUUACCCUAUGACAUCAAGCAGUUGCCAAGCCCACCCACUCUUCAAAUCAAGCAUCGAGCAUGCUGACAAGUGAACGUGUAUUUUAAGUAAGAAGCAGUGGGGCAGGAACACCGGGUUGGAGGCCUGUAAUAAGAAAGGCCAUUUGGUUUUAUGAGCUCAUAAUAAUGAGAAAGUCCUUCAUCAGUAGAAUACCAACAACAGUAGUAAAAAGCAGAGGAGGACAAAUUACAAUGAAUCAUUUGUCACAAUAAUUACUCCUUACUGUGCUCGAUAAAACUGAGGUGUGUAAAGCAAUGUCAACUAACCGUGUUCACAAAUUGAAAACUUAUUGAUUGUAUUUUUAUCAAGUCAAAUGUCUAAUGAAAUAUCUCCCCAAAGUCCACUUCUGUAAAUCAAUGGGACACACUCAUGGAACAGUGUGUGUGUGUGUGUGUGUGUGUUCGUGUGCGCGCAUAUCAAUACCCUUAGGGGCUGUUUGUCCUUGCUAAUGAGCCGUCAUUUUCAGAGUCAGUUGUUAAAUGGAAGUUGUGUUUGCUUUUGUCCAUAUGCUCUAUAUAUAUAUAUAUAUUUAUAUACGUGCCCGCCGUUGUCUUUAAGCAGCGUUCGCCUCCCUCGACCUUUACUGUGCAAACAGCAAACAAAAAUGUUUGCUUUAUCUUCCCCCACAUUAGAACGAUAGGGUUCAGCAUGAAAGUUGGCAGCGUGGCCCUUUAAGCCUGGUAUCUUGACUUACGAUCCACUUAUCUAGCGGUAUCUGCAGUGCACUGUACGUUGCUCUGCAGAAACGGAUGAAUACGCCGUGAUUGAUAGAUAAGAUGCAGAGAGUAGUUGGAGUGUGGAUUCAUAAAACACAAACACUACGAGAGCUUCUCCGUGAGCUCCCACCGACUGCGGAUACCAAGUACAGCAUGCACGCAAAAUAUCUACUUCUGUAGGCAAGUUAAGUAUCUACACGGACACACACACACAACUCAGCAAGUGGGCCGAUAAAAGGAUGUACAACAUCACCGCAGCUGCCCACUGAGAACUACAGUGAAAGCGUGGCUCAACCAUUUACCAGCACCUUGUUGGCACAUUUACAAGAGAUGAACUGGGCAUAGUGAGACAUCCACACAUAUAUACAUAACAGUUCCCAGAAUGUCGUCGAUGCUGUGUAAUAUUAUAACGUUAUUGUAAGGCUGAUAAUCAUUUAUUUGCAACAUUUCAGGAGAUGUUUUAUGGAGGAAAGGAAUCUCUUGCCUAUGACCUCACCCUUGAUCACAGCUGGGUGUGGUCAGGUAUCAUACACCAGACCAAUAUGAAUUGCACUAUAGUACAAAACUGCAUUACCACUGCACAAACAAAGAGCAUGCAAUCAGUUGACAGAGAAAAUACGAUUAUUUAUUUCCUAUUUACUCUUGAAAGAGCAGCUUAAAAGCAUCUUGAAUCCUCUUUUUGUUGACCUUGAGGGGUUUAACCUCUCACCUUGAUGCAGGGACGUAGAGGUGUUGUGCGUCAGUACACUGUGACAUCUACAUGGAACAUACUGUAAGUGCUAGACUUAAUAGAUUCAUUGGGACUGACACUGACCCGCCGGAAGGUGGUACAAAAACCUGGAGUAAAGAAAGAAUAAGCAAUAACUGAAAGUUUCAAAGUCCUCAACAGAAUCAGAAUGUGCGAUGUCAGCAGGAAGAUUAUUCCAGAGGAAAGGGGCCUUGUCCUUGUAACCCUAGCCCGUCCUUAUAAUAUCCAAACUGAAAAUAAAUCACAUCACGCAGCAUUAGAGGACAUUUAGUCCAUGAGAGGCAAGGCUAUCACAAAUGCAUUGUGUAGAAACCACCAAGAUAACAUUAAAGUCUAGCAGUGCAUGUGUUUAUUGCUCUUUAUAUUGGGCCGACACACCAGGAGUUGCAGCGCUCCAGAAAUUGCUUGGCAGUGCUGAAUGCACAGCAGCCCAUGUCAGAGAGAGCCCUGUGCUGGUGGCUUUUUUUCUGCAAGGUGUGGGCUUUCAGUCCAGGUACAUAGUGUAGCAUGCAGUGAGUCACAGCCUGUGACCCAGUUGAGCUUUGUCGCUCAGCGUGACCUCAUUCUGACUGCGCAGUUAAACAAAUCUGAUGCCACUGCAGCUGUUUUUUUUUCACCAGGCACAACACGCCAAAAACGUACUCGAGCAGUCCAGAUACGUUUUUGUCUGGAUUUAAAGUGUAUCUCACUGGGCCAUUUAAAAAAAAAAAAGCAACCUUGCCACUUCCAAGGCUAGCAAUGUGUAUGAAUGCAUUCAGUCAUUUGAGGACGCAUGAUUUGCAACAAUAUAUUAAUAAUUAACACUAAGGCUGGGAAUCGGAAACACUGAGAAAUGACAGUAACACAGUGUGUGAUCUCAGGUGAUGUCGAGCUUACGGACAACAGGCUAGUUGUCCUUAAUCCUGCGUCAGCACAGAAGUACAGCUCUGUGUGUGUGUGAGAGUGUGUGUGUGGUCGUUUUAGAUGUGUCAUUUGUAGCACGUUAACAAGCACGCACAAGACCACGCACACAUACACACACACACAGUGUGUGGUGCGAUAAGCUCGUUAGCAGGGCUUUGGCUCAAAGGAAAUUUGUGAUUGCGCUAACAGUAUCCAGGCAGGGUUUGUUACUGUGUGCAUGUGUGCGUGUGUGUGUGUGUGGGUAGGUGGUGAGGGGAAAGAGUGAAUUGUGAGGGACCUUUUCCUUAUUUCCCUUUGCAAACAGGUUGCAAGGCAAUUAUUUUGAUAGCUAGCUACUGACCCGGUGUGGAUUCCAAGACCACGUUAGUAUUCUGUAGGCAACACUAUCAUUAAUCUACCUUGUUUAUACCUCACUAAUCUUCUUUAAUCUGAUACGAGGCCGCUUCCAGGAUUGAGCACAUGCUAUGCUAAUAACUGAUUGGUAAUAAAACAUGGAGCGAGCAGUGCGACCUUUCUAAACAGCUCUCCAUAAAGGGCCGGCAAGCCGUCCAAACAGCUGACUAUACCUGGGGUGCAGUGUCGGUUGUUUUAAGUACCAGGAAGCACCUAACACGCCUGAGAACGGUUACGUUGUGGCUCGUUUUGCUAUGCAGUCACUGUUGGUGGAAAGGUUACAUCCAUUAGUUACUAUAACUGACUGUAAACAACACCCCGACAGCAUCUGGCUGACAAGGCUUUUCGUUGCUUCUUUACUAACCUUUUUUAAAAAAAAUAAUACUCAUACUCAAAUACAGAUUUGUUGUGAUGUGUGUUCAUGUCGUGAUGCUCUGAACCAUCGAGGUAAAUCUUUCCUUGCUGCAGCUGCCCUUUGUCACGAUUUACCGUGAAUGGAACUGCUGUUCCGGAGCAAUGAGACCAGUGAUGUGACUGGGAGAGCGUAAUUAGUGGUGGAAUAUAUCAAUAGGGGAAAAAAAAAAAAUAAGGGAGCGGAAAGAUGCCAUCCAAAAUAAUAAAUAUCUCGUUCCAGACUGCGGGGGCUAAAAGUCAAAUUCUCCUUGACAAUAAUGCACUACAUGUUUACUUUCAGGGAGACAAACUCAUUCAUGUAUUCAAUAAAUAAGAUCAGUGUAUAUGCUACUAUAAGCUACUUUUCCCCCCACUGGCUGCUCUACUCUAUAUCCUCUAGGAAGGCUUUGAUUACUGUAAACGGUUAGCUUUAGAUGAGUCCUCAAGAACCCUUUUAUUAACAAUAAUAAUUGGGGACCAACCAACACCUCUAACUGCCCCCCCCCCUUCAAAGCAGUCUACAACGGGGCCUGAUGUGAUCUUUCUUAUCACUCGACCUCGUACUUCAGGAACCUGGGAGACAUGUUGGCAACACAACAGUGCCAGCAAUCCUCGUGGACCAGCUUUAAUCUUGCGAUAAGCCACUGUUGAGUACUGGCACCAGACCUUUUUGAAUAUGAAUAAAGAAUAAACUCUUUAUUUACCCUGAUUUCUAUAGUUUCCUGCCAUAUUAACGUGCAGAAGUUUGUUGAGUAAACCGGUCUUCAUAGUGGCACGUUCUUUCACUUAACUACUCUGGCAGCUAAAUGCUGUGCUUCCAUUUCUGGCUCCUGUCUUUACUUUGAUACGUCAGACAUGUUGUCUUUGCCUUUAUAACGAAAGCCUUCACAUGCAUGCGUUUGCUCAUGCAUGUAUGUGUGUGUGUGUGUGUGUGUGUGUGCGAUCAUUAUGUCGUGAUCUGAAGCCAUCUGGGUUGGCUGGCUUUUUUGCAUAUCUGGUGUUAACCAUUAUAAAUAUUCAUGACCAGGGUCUAAACUGGUAUGAAUAUUCAGAUUGCCUGCAGGCCGUAGACGGGCGGAGUGGCUGUGAUUCCAAUCAGCAGAACAGAAACUAACUCAACCUUUUUGUUUGGUGGACGAGAGAACACUCGGAUGAGUGCUGUGGGCCUCUCGGUUAUGCUCGGUGAGCUCCAUAUGUAUGCGGAUUGCUAUAUUUGCCUUUCGUCAUACGGCGGCCAUGUUUGAUGCACAUCAUCUCAUUCUUGGGAAACGGUGCCAGCAAGACGGAGAGGCAGAUGGAGACAGAAACAAACUCAAACUUGUCUUGGACAACAACAAAAAAAAGACGACGAUCUAAAGACGACAGAAAUGACUCUUUGACGUGAGCGGGGAGCUGCGGGGCAAACGAUCCACCAGAGUCCAAUUCAGAAGCUGCAGCAGCAGGACCGAAAUAAAUAAUGAUGGCGUUGAGCCAACGUGCUGGGCUGACGUGUGACACUGUCAAACCAACGAGGAGGAAUUCUCGAUGUCUUUGUUAACACCAUUAAUUGCUUCUUCGACAGUUUACUUGCUAGAACUACUGCUAAGUCAUCUGAACUGUUAGAACGGCCACUGCAGCUGCUAGGUAGCAUGUAAAUCAUCCGAAGUGAUCAGGUUAGUUGGAAUGCACAUUUAUCAAGAGCAUUGAGUAAUUCACAGUUGCUGUUAUGCUUCAUUCCUCUUGCUGUGGCCUGUGAUUUGGACCAUGACCCGUUCUGCCUACCAUGGCAAUAUCAAAGGGCUAUUUGGGUUUAUAUUUCAUUUCGUUUGAUUUUCAUCCAAUGUGGCGGGACGCGGUUCUGUCUUUGAUGUGUUGACUCUGUUUCCUCCCGACUUUGGAUCCGUUGCCUUUGUGAUGGUCCUCGGUGAAAUAGGAAAUGACAAACAUGAUACUUGUGAAAAGUGCUUUGAUGAAAAAUGUGUGCGGAAAUAGCAGCAAGCAAUGUUGGCAGGUAAGAUAUCACUCAGACGCAUGUAAAUGAACGCGCAAUAAAACAAAAGCAUGCGGCUUUUGCGAGUCACCCCUUGAAAAAAAUCACUUUGAAGUGUGAACCUGGGUCUUCACGUGUACUACCCCCGCAGUCCCCUGGAGGCCUCAUACUCCCAUCUCUCAGCCAUGCAAAACAAUACAAAGACACACAGACGCUGUGUGAAUUAUAUUAAACUUAAGUAGAUCAUAAAAGCCAAAUUUCAUCAAAGGGAAGAAAUCCUGAGUGGAGUUGAGGUGGGACCACCACGGCUGACUGUAAUAGGCUCACGCACCUGUCAAUCAAGCAAUCCCUAAUAUUUUCAUCAUAUCAAACUGCAUUUAUUCUGCCAAAACCAUGAUGCAUUCACAGUGAUGAGUUAACUUUCUUUACUCUGCAUGGUCUACUAAGGCUGGUACAGAACUGAAAUGUUAAGGAUCAUAACUUUGAUAUCUAGAUAUCGCUAAAGGAAAAGUUAUUCGGAAAAUCAGCUUCCAAGACACACAUUGUAGGGCAAAAACAUUACUUCUGAAGAGACUUAUGAAUUCAAUACUAGCAGUAAGUGUCUUCUUUCUUACUCUAGUUGAUGUUUUGAAUAUAAAGGGGAGUGAGUGAGGAAGACAGCGAGAUAAAGAGAAUACAUCAGUAUUCAGGAGAGAGGGUUUAGGAAGUGGGAAACUAUAAUGAUCUCUCAUCUUCAAUAAUGCACACUCAUACACACACACGGCAUUGUUUACAAGGGGUUGUGUUGAAUACUGAUAAAAAAAAUGGUAAUUUGAGAUGGACAGAGAAGCACACAUUUUGCUCAGACACACACCACAAACUCACUUAGGCAUGCUCUACCAAAAAGGCUGAUACAAAAAAUGAACACUUUCUUACUCUUUCACGCUACGGCUACUAAAACGUCAUUGCGCCCAUAUGUGCAAGCACGCAACAUAAACAAAAGACACACACAUUUACUCGCGUGCAGAAUUCACACUCUUGCUUUCUCUCCCUUGUCUGACGGAGACGUCUAUUCAAAGAUGAUGCGGGAACAAUAGGUUGUUGUCGAUAAAUGUGGCGUGACCGUGUCGGUCGCAUCGCGUCUGCGCGCGAGCGUGGACAUGUGUUCAAAUAGAGUGAAAGUGGAGGAAUCUGGAAUUAGGUUGACUUCACUCAACCACACAACUUCUGCACGUGCACGCAUGCACGCACACUAUCCCAAGUGCCUUAACGGAAAACACUAUGGGGGGGAGAACAAAGAGCCUCCUUGAAGAAUAGACAUGAAUUAUUCACUCCAUCAGAUAAGAGGACAGAGAGGGAAUGAGGGAGAGCGACAUAGCGUGAGAGACGGGGAGAGAGAGAGAGUGAUGGAAAUGCAGCGUGGGUGAUAUGAAGAAAGAGACAGACGGAUGGAUUGACAGGGACAGUAGGGUACGAUAUUCUAUUAGCAGUACGGACGACGGAGACGGUCCUCAAGAGAUUUCAGAUAAAGGAACUCAGCGUGCCCCCAUCUACUAAACCGUGUCUCAAAACCCACAGGGUGUAAAAAAAUAUUAAACAGACCAAAAUGAAUAAAUAAAACAACUCAACCACCAUCCAAAUACACGGCGUUACUUAUCUGUAGACAGCCAGGUGCUUGGGAAAUCAGGGUCUUAUUCUGACUUCAGGGGUGUUUGUUUUUUUUCUCGACCUGAAGGGAAGCGUUUAUCCUGUGACAAUCCACAACCAGCAAGCGGCUUAAGCUGCAGCACCUGCACUGCUUUCCACUUAGAUACGCUUUAUCAGAUCCGAGCGUGCUCCCCCGCUGCUAGUAAUGCAGUGAUACUGUAUAGUACUUCAGUAACAGCAGACAAUCCCGUAGCGCUUUAUCCAAUAUGAGGAAAACUAGCGAGUUGGCAUCGCCAGGCGCUCUAUCAGCUGCGAACAGCUGCGGUAACCUUAAGGUAGUGCUGCCGUGGCUGUGUAGUGUCCCCACAUCGCAUGACACAAAGCAACUCAGUGUAUUCCUUUAAGUCAUACUUUUACUUUAAGUAAAGGACCUGUACAAAGACGUUGUACUUAAACCUGUAUGGAAGUACAGUAUUAAAACAGGCAGGUAUACACCAGGGGUGUUUUCAUUUAAAAAAAUUGUAUCUUAAAUUCGGAGUGAGGUUGGUUUUUCUGAGCUGUCCCGCAAAUCAAAGCAUCAACAAUCACGUUGUGUGUAAGCUGUGUUGCACAACAACACAGAGGCUCCUUUGUCCAAACCGUUUACCAGAGAGCACUCAAAUAUCAAUCAGAGAGUUCUGCUAAAAGGAAAACUCAAUGAAAUAGCUUACAGUGGCUUAGACUAUACAACAAUUUACCUCAGACAGUCUGUCAGACUCUGCUUUGGCUCCACAGGGUCCAGGUAGUUGGUCCUCCGCCUGCACAAAGCUAUUCAAACUUGUUUAAAUAUUAUCUUAUUUACCCGUUGUGUCUUCUUAGCUGGUUUGCUAAUGUUAGCCACUACCAACCCCACAUUUAAGCAUCGUCUAAUUGAUUUAGAGUUGAAGGGAGCUUCACUGUGAGCACAGGACCUCUGCAGUUGCUGUGAUCAGACACCUGGGCGAACUUUCGGCUAGCUGUUGAUGGUUUGUAAAUAAAUACCGGGCUGUCUGUUAACCCACAAUAUCUUGUAUUGUGUUUCUGCACGUAUGGAACACUGAGGAGGUAACAUGUGAGUGUGGAUGCUUUGUUUGUUGAUGGAACAGGGCUGCUUAUCUUAAGUAGUGUCACACAUAAUAUAACAAAUCACUUUUGAGUAUUGAGUAGUUACCAAAGUAAAUUUGUCAAAAAGUUAUAUGAUCAGCAUGUAGUGUAUUUUUACACUUUAGUCUGUUUGUAUUGCGUACUUAGGAAAAAAAUAUGGUGGACAGGCUUUCUUCCACAAAAAAAAAGUUUAUUUUCUGAGAUUUUGGUGUUUCUUGACCUUGAACUGAAUGUUUUUGAUUUGAUAGUACACCUGUGCUGAUCUCUAACCUGUAAACUGUUUGUUUUUGACGGGAAACCUGAAGGUGUAUUAUCUCUAAGUACUGCUUAGGUUGCACCUUUAUUCAUGUCAACAUGGAGCGUUUUAACCAGGCUAUGAAAGGUUGUAGCAGUGUAGUCCUCUUGUACUAUACCUGUAGCAAUCACCAGGAGGAAGACAGAGAAAAGUGACCGAGAUAAAAAAACGGAUUAAAUGACGAACAACUGCAGGGGAAAACUUUGCAGUCUCAUCCGUUAUUCAAUUGCCGAGAUAAGAAUGAGAGACAGACACGCAGGCUGAAAAAAAGGAAAGGAGACAAAAUGCUGGAGUGAUUGCAGAGCCAGAUUGAAUUUCAUCAUUUAUUCAAUAGUUCAGGAGAAGAUAGAGAAAGGCAGGCAGGUAAAGUGAGAGUGAGAGUGAAAGGGCCUAAGAGGCUUUGAAAGACCCGGUAAGAAGUUUAUUAUCAGGUUUCCUAAUCUUCUCCCUCCAUUUCAUCCCUCGAUCGUCAGCUCCACAGCUGGCAGCCGGUCACUUGGGUAGGCGGGCCCUACAGUACUACGAUGAGUGAGUGACAGAGAAAGAAGAUUUUGGACCUUUACCCUCAGCCAUGAUGUUAUAGCAGUGGUAACAUGUGAAACCUGUAGCAGCAUCUUACCCGCUUUUACAUCUCUAAAGGUGUCUUGUCCAGGUGGGGCGGUAACCAUGGAGAGGCUGUUGCUGUGCCUGAUGCUGGCAGUUGCCAUGGCAGUGCGGGCACAGGUCUGCCCGAAGCGCUGCGUAUGUCAGAUCCUGUCACCCAACCUGGCAACCCUCUGCGCCAAGAAAGGUCUACUGUUUGUACCGCCGAACAUUGAUAGGCAUACGGUGGAGCUACGGCUGGCUGACAACUUUGUCACAAGUGUGAAGAGGAAAGACUUCUCAAACAUGACACGGCUGGUGGACUUAACAUUAUCCAGAAACACCAUCUCCUACAUCACACCUAAUGCCUUUACCGAUUUGGAAAACCUCAGAGCUCUACACCUCAACAGUAACCGGCUGACGAGGAUAAGCAAUGAUACAUUCAGCGGGAUGACGAAGCUACACCACCUGAUUCUGAACAACAACCAGCUGGUGCUGAUCCACCAGGGAGCGUUCAACGACCUGCUGGCGCUGGAAGAACUGGACCUCAGUUACAAUAACCUGGACUCUAUUCCUUGGGAGACCAUCCAGAGAAUGAUUAGCCUCCAUACGCUGAGUUUAGACCACAACAUGUUGGACUACAUUCCAGAGGGAACAUUUUCCCUGCUGCAGAAACUCAACCGGCUGGACGUCACCUCUAAUAAACUCCAAAAGCUGCCACCGGACCCACUUUUUCAACGAGCACAGGUCCUGGCCACGUCGGGGCUCAUGGCCUCCUUUUCUUUCGUGUUGUCGUUCGGUGGGAACCCUCUCCACUGUAACUGUGAAUUACUGUGGCUGCGGAGGCUGAACAGGGAGGACGACCUGGAGACGUGCGCCUCACCCCAACAGCUCUCUGGCAGAUACUUCUGGUCCGUCCCCGAGGAGGAGUUUCUCUGCGAACCUCCGCUCAUCACCAGAUACUCCCAUGAGAUGAGGGUGCUUGAAGGGCAGAGAGUUACACUCAGGUGUAAGGCAAGAGGUGACCCAGAGCCGGCCAUCCACUGGAUCUCUCCUGAGGGCAAACUGGUGUCUAACUCCUCCAGGACGUUGGUCUACACCAACGGUACUCUGGACAUCCUCAUCAGUACGGUGAAAGACACGGGCUCCUUCACUUGCAUCUCCUCCAACCCUGCCGGCGAAGCCCACCAAACAAUAGACCUGGUCAUCAUAAAACUCCCACACAUCUCCAACAACACCAACAACAUCCAGGAGCCCGACCCGGGAUCGUCAGACAUUUCCACGUCGACCCGAGGCGGAGCCAACGGGAGCAACGUAACGGGCGACGUGAAAGGCGGAGUGGAAAAGAGGGUCGUGACAGCCGAGGCCACGUCCUCAACGGCACUGAUAAAGUUCAACUUCCAGAGGACUAUUCCAGGCAUUAGGAUGUUCCAGAUCCAGUACAAUGGGAGCCAGGAUGACUCUCUGGUCUACAGAAUGAUCCCGCCAUCGAGCAAGAACUUUCUGGUCAACAACCUGGCAGCGGGGACCCAGUACGACCUGUGCGUUCUGGCCAUCUACGACGAUGUCAUCACCUCUCUGACAGCGACACGCGUCGUCGGCUGUGUGCAGUUCACCACCGAGUCGGAGUACAUGAAGUGUCAUUUCAUGCAGUCUCAGUUCCUCGGCGGGACCAUGAUCAUCAUCAUCGGAGGGAUAAUAGUGGCUUCGGUGCUCGUUUUCAUCAUUAUUCUGAUGAUACGGUACAAGGUGUGUAACCCUGGUGAGGGUGGUAAAGGCGUUUCAUUGUCGAUGACCAACGUUCACUCACAGACCAACGGGCAGCAGUCACAGGGAUGCACCGUCACUCCCAGCUCCUCUAAACACGGCUCCAUCGGAUUAGACGACCUCUCUGGAGGCAUAAAUAAGAAGAGCGGAGGAGGAGAAGUGUGUAAGGAUACGAUAACUCAGUCGUCCGACUCAUCCCUGCCUGACUGCUCCACGACUACGUCAGUUCUCAGCCAGCCUUGGGGAGCCAGAAGUCCAACAGCUGGAGCCGAUGAGGAGAGAGCUCAAGCCGGCAUCUCGUCGCCCACCGGCAACGGCGGUUCACUGACCAAGUCAAAGCGGAAGCCCACUCCGAGUAAGCCAGGCUCGGCUAGCUCCAACCUCUCGCCCACUGCUGAAAACCUCCCCUCCUCCUCCCCUCGCCCUCCUUCCUCCCCCUUCUCCACUGCCUCCUCUGCUCUCCUCCCCUCCACCCCGCUGGAGAACCUCAACACCAACCGCAACAACUCCACCUCCCUUAACCAACCCCCAUCUUCCUUCUGCCCUCCCCCUUUCUCCAGCCCUCUCGCCACCCUGAGCCCCGUGCCCUCCACCCGAUUUAGAGAGACGCCGAUCCUGCGCAGGGCUCCCCGCACCUCCGCCUCCGCCAAGUACCGGACUGUCCCUGCGGAGGAGGCUGGGAGGAGCAGGGCGAGGAGGAGGUACUCGCUCAGCGAAGGCGGCUCAAAGACUCACUCGUCUCAUCAGGGAGCAGGAGGAGCACCCAAAGUAGGGCGCGUAAUGCGGAACAAAAGGAGCCAAUCAAUGAGCGGGAUUCUACUCCCAAAAGACGGGGAUGGAGACUCGGAAAAAGGGCGGUGCGAUUCGGACUGGAUCUUAGAAAGCACAGUUUGAACUGGAACGAGACAGAAACCCAUAAAAAAAAAAACUUUGAGUCAUUCAUAUUUGUUUAUCUUUUGUAUGAGUGUAUGCGUGAGGUUUUGUGUGUCACUUUGAACUUCUCUCGAGGUGUAUGAGUGAAGGCUAAUGUGGGUUUGUGUGUGUUGUUGACAUUUUGGAUGUGGGUUUUUUGGUGUGUACAGUUUGUGUGCGUGUGUUCAUGUCGGAUACUGUGUUUAUAGAUGCUUGAAAGGGUGAUUUUGUGUUUCUGGGUGAAAGCGUGAAUAUAUUUCUGUUCUUUUUCAGCCUGUUUUUUUUAUUAUCUUCAUGCAAUUCUUUGUAUUCAGUUUACAGUUGUUGUUUUCUCUCCCCCAAACAGUUUCCUGUCUGGUUUUCAGUCGGUCAUUCAGCGAGUGGAUAAUUCGCCUUGUCUCGUAGCGUCGAGUUGUCUCGUUGGUUCCACUUUAUAACACAAAACAAGACAAUGGGCUCGCCACGUCAUUUCCCGAUUCACACUCACCUUAUCUGAAAAUACCACGAAAAAGGGAAAUAUUACAGGAAAAAAAAGAGGAAUUAAAAAACAAUACAAGAACUGCAAAGCACACCAUUCUCACGCUCACACGCCCACAGGAAGUGUGUGUCCAUACCGCAGCAAGAGAAUAGCAGUCGGUGCCUUCUUUUGCACCAACAGACCCUCUGACAGACAUAUCCGGUUUUAGGACUCCACCACGCUCCCUGACCGAGGGACUAGGACGGAAGGGGGGACAAACAUAAAGGAAGAGAGUUCACACAUAGCCUUUCUUACCUGCUGAGGAGUACAGACGUCGCUCCACACAAACGGAGACAGAAAGUAAGAAACAGAUGAAGACUUUAACGGACCUCUUAUGAAAUUGAUAUUUUUUAAACGGAAGAAUUAAAAAAAAAAACUAAAAAAAAACACAUAAAAACCCUGUGAGCUUUUCACUGACAUUGGUAUACUGCAGCCUGUGUUGGUCACAAGCUCCCGGAAAGCUACUGUACAGAAAAAGACAACAUGUACAUGUGUUGUUAUGUUGUGUAAAAUAAAAAGGGAUAAAAUGAAAACUGGAAAUGUGAAACGUGUGUUUUAUGGACACAAUAAACUUGUGAGGACACGUUGUUUACUUGAUAUUUGUAUAUUGAGCACGGGGGAGGUUCUAACUGCGGCAAUAAAGUCUCCAGCAUCAGUCGCUACUGAGAUUGAUUCUUACGACAAGGAACGGUAAUAAUAAUG